AUGACAGCGUCGGAGAUCAUUGUGCCCCGCGAGACGGCCGUGCCUUCACAAUCACAACAGAUACAGCUGAGAAACAUACCGCACCUGCGAAAGACCGACAAUGGCAAUACCCACCUCAUUGUUAAAGGCAAGCCUUUCCUCAUGCUCGCAGGCGAGCUGCACAACUCCUCGCUCAGCUCAGCAAGAUUCAUGUCAGAGGUUUGGCCUGCGAUGAAGAGCAAUCACAUCAACACACUGCUCGGCUCUGUGACGUGGGAGAUGAUUGAGCCGGAAGAGGGCCGCUUCGACUUCUCUGAGCUCGAUCGCGUCCUUGCCGGCGCUCGCGAGCACGACAUGCAUCUUGUUCUCCUCUGGUUUGGCACAUACAAGAACGGCGUCUCAACGUACGUACCGCGAUGGGUGAAGCGCGACACUAAGCGUUUUCCCCGUGUGCAUGUCUUGGAGGCUGGUGGCGUCAAACGAACACUGGAGAUGAUAUCACCAUUAAGCGAGGAAGCGUGCAAGGCAGAUUCGCGUGCAUUUGCCGCGCUCAUGCGUCAUCUCAGCGAGGUAGAUGGAGAGCAUACCACCGUCCUUAUGGUCCAAGUCGAGAACGAAACGGGCCUGCUCGGUGAUUCGAGGGAUCGAUCCCAGACGGCGGAGAAGGCUUUCGCUGAGCCUAUACCGGAGCCUCUUCUGGAAUACCUGACCACGACAGAUUUGCACCCUCGCUUCAAAUCUCGAUUUUCAGACGUUCCGGCAUCGGGCACGCAUACCUGGGAGGAUGUAUUUGGUGCAGGGAUCAGAGCUAAUGAAGCGUUCAUGGCAUAUCAUAUAUCUAAGUACGUGGGACGGGUAGCCGCUGCAGGCAAGGAGCAAUAUCCGAUACCGCUUUACACCAAUACAUGGCUCAAUUUCGACGACCCCAGUUCACUUGACCUCCGAGGUCUUCCAAUCGUCGUCGGUGGUGGUGCUGACCCAGGAAUCUACCCUUCCGGAGGACCUUGCCCUCACGUACUGGAUAUCUGGCGUUUUAACGCUCCAGCCUUGGAUUUUCUGUCGCCAGACCUGUACUUUCAUGACUAUGAGGGGGUGUGCCAAGAUUACUCUGCACAGGGUAAUCCUUUGUUCAUCCCGGAACAACGACGUGACGAGAAUGGCUCCCGUCGCGUGUGGCUAGCCUUUGCAACGUACGGAGCACUUGGCACUGGUCCGUUUGGUAUUGACACUGGCGCGGAAACCGUGGGUCGAGAGUACAAGCUCAUCGCGCAAACACAGUCCUAUCUGAUGGCAGCAGCUCCUCAAGAUCGCAUGGGCUUCUUCUUUGACGAGGAGGUUGACCAUAGUGGACGUGCAAAAGAGAAAUGGACUCGAGUGUUCGGUGAUAUCGAGGUUAUAGUCGAGCGCUGCUUUGUUUUCGGCAAACCAGGACCUGGCGGAGGUAUGGUCAUUCAUCUCGGAGACUCUCGCUUCUUGUUGGUUGGGCGUGGUUUCCACACCAGAUUCAGAAGUGUGCGCAAGGAGGCCACUUUUACAGGAAUUCUAUACGCAGAAGAGAAGGAGGUAGAUGAAAACGGAAAACUCAAAACUCUUAGAAUAUUGAACGGAGAUGAGACAAGGAGCGGCGAGUUUCUCAUGAUGCCGAAUGACGAUCCGGACUACGGAGGCUUCCCGAUUGCUGUGACGGUCCCAGCGAGGACAUGUAUAGCAGAGGUUGAAGCUUACUGGGUCGCGGAGACUGCCGAGGACAUGUAA